AUGAUCUCUAUCGAUAGAUUCGAUGGAGACAACUACGCGACGUGGAGCCGCUACAUGCGUGGCGUGUUCCUGACCAAGUCGACGUGGCACGUGGUCAACCGGGAGACCACCCCCACCUUCGCCGAUCCUCGCGCCAGUGAUGAGUACGUCAAGACGAACAACAUUGCGUUCGGCUUGAUGUUACUUCACAUGAGCGCGGACUAUCAUCACGUGGUUGAUGACUGCGACGAGGCAUGGGUUGCGUGGACACGGUUGAAGACUCUCUACGGCGGAUCGCAGAAGGCGGGACGGAUCUUCUUGAAGCGGCAGCUGUUCAGCAUGGAGAUGGCGGAAGGCGGCAAUGUGAUGCAUCAUUGCAAUGAAGUUCUCAACAUCAGCGCCAAGCUCAGCAGCAUCGGCGCCAAGAUGGAGGAUGAGGACGUGGCGAUCUGCUUGUUGUGCAGCCUCCCCAAGAGCUACGAGAACGUCAUGCUGAACUUGGAGAUGAGCAGCGCGGAACUGCGAUCGCGAGACGUCGUGAAAGUGCUGACGAAUGAGCACAUCAAGAGACAAGGGAAAAAGACGACAUCGGUGAAAACUGAAGAAGCGACCAAGGCCUUCAGUACCGAGCGUGAGGUUCGUCAGUGUACGUUCUGCGUAAAAUUGGGGCACACGGUGGAAAAGUGCUGGACCAAGCAGAAGGAAGACAAUCGGGGAGCUCGACGCGACGGCAAUGCACGUGGACGCGGAGCGAAUCAAGUUCAGUGGCAAGGCUACAACGGCAACAGCAACUGUGACUAUGAUCGAGUGGCGUUUGCUGUUUCGCUGGAAUGCGGACUUUCAACGACCAAGAGCAUGUCUGGAAUGUGGGCGAUUGACAGCGGUGCAACACAUCACAUCUGCUAUGACAAGUCCAAGUUCGAAUUUCUGGACGAGCGCAAUGAAGGCGAAGUGUUGGUUGCAGAUGGGAACAAGGUUGCGAUCAACGGUGUCGGGACAAUCAUCGAAAAGGUGACCCUGUCCAACGGUGAAGAGCGCGAAGUCGAGAUCAAGAACGCGCUUUACGUCCCAAGCAUGAACAAAAACUUGCUUUCGAUACCACAAAUCAACAAAAGCGGCAAGUUUCAAGUGGUGUUUGAUGGUGACGAGAUGAAGAUUUCGCACAAAGGCUCCAAGCAAGUAAUAGCGAUGGCCGAUCUUGUGGAUGGCCUCUACUGGCUUCGUACAUCCCAACGAUCGGUGAAUGCGGCUUCAGGACCAAGAGUCGAAAACCUUCAUGCGCGUAUGGGCCACGCACCGAUUGAUGUCUUGUGCAGAAUGGUCUCCAAAGGCAUGAUCAAGGAUGCCAAGAAGCCAGCAAAAUUGAGCGGAUCAAGCGUGUGUCAAGGUUGUCUAGAAGGAAAAAUGGUUCAACGACCGUUCCCGAGCAAUCCAGACAAGCGCCACUACGAUCCGUUUGAGCUUCUACACAUCGACACUUGUGGUCCAAUGGAAGUAGACUCGCUAGGUGGAAGCAAGUACUUGCUACUGAUCGUCGAUGAAGGCAGCGGAUGUAUGAAGGGUUUCAGUCUGCGCGCCAAGUCCGACAGCGAAGAGUGCAUCAAGAAGUACAUCAUGGCAGUACAGACGCAGUUUGACUACAAGGUCAAGUUCGUUCGACACGAUGGUGCACGAGAAUUUGCGGCGAAUUCGCUCAAGGCAUUUUACGAUGAUCAAGGAAUCGAGCAGCAAGUUACCGUUCCGUAUGCGCAUCAGACCAACGGCACGGCGGAACGGGCAAUUCGGACUAUUGUGACGAUCGGGCACAGCAUGCUUCACUACGCCAAGCUGGACAAGUGUUUUUGGGCUGAAGCAGCAAUGACGGCAAUCUACAUCAAGAAUCGCCUACCAUCGCCCAAGUGCCAAGAUCAAACCCCGUUCGAGAUCGUCAACGGAUUUCGACCAAGUGUGAAGCACAUGCGGGUUUUCGGCUGCCGAACGUUUGUGCUGACCCCUAAGGAAAAGAGAUCGAAAUGGGAUCCGAAGGCUCGUGAAGGACUAUUCAUGGGGUACGAAGAAGUGUCAAAGGCAUAUCGCGUUUACGACAUUGAAGCGGACCAAGUGGUGAUAUCUCGCGAUGUCACAUUCGACGAAUCAACGCUUGGUUUCUCGCCGAGGCUACCACAAGAAAUUGUUGAUGACACUGCGCUGGAUAUCGAAUCGAUGAACAUCAGCGAUGAGCCUCACCCCAUGCAGUUCAAGCAAACUGGAAAACGCGAAAGCCGUUCAAACAGUCAGGAACAAGUUCUACAACGGACACUUCUUGAGCGUCGUGGAACCGGGUUAGAAGAAGCAAGUGCCCCGGAUGACUCUGAAUCGCACCAAGCGAAGCGACGAUCAAGCGCUCGAGACAAUCUGGACGAAGAGCAAAAGGGCAGUGACGAAGAUAACGAGGAUGCUACACCUCAAGUCUUUUGGCGAGCGAGUGCCAAUCAGUCGAAGGUACUGACUUGUCUGAGCCGACAAUGUUUGGAGAUGCUGUUGGUGGACCAUGUUGAAAAGACAGCGGCUGUGAAGAAGACACCUCGUCAAGCUGCGUCAAGUGUUGAAGCAAGUGGAAGACCAAGCUUCGCUAUACCGGUGGGUACCGGUAUGUACCAGUAA